AUGACANCUAAUCCAGAACUCAUCCUGUCUGAAGAUCUGACCAGAGUGAGACUAGGAGAGAGACAGGAAUUUCCUGAUAAUCCAGAGAGGUUUGAUUAUGUCUACUCUGUCCUGGGCUCUGAGGGCUUUAACUCAGGGACUCACAGCUGGGAUGUCCAGGUUGGAGACAAUAGAUGCUGGGUACUGGGUGUGUUAGCAGAGUCUCUCCAGAGGAAGGGAAGUAUACAGUCUGGAUUAUGGAGAAUCGAUUAUCAUAAAGGUAAAUACUCAACACGGUCACCAUCAGAUCCAUCCACUCCUCUCAGCCUGAAGAAGGAGCUCCAGAGGGUCAGAGUGAGUCUGGACUGGAACAGAGGAAAGCUGUCGUUCUCUGAUCCUGAGACUAACACACACAUACACACCUUCACACACACUUUCACUGAGAGGAUGUUUUCAUACAUUGCCAAUUACAAUGUACCCCCACUUAAGAUGUUACCAAUGAAGGUCUCUGUGACUAUAGAACAACAGACAUGAUGAUGAUGAUGAUGAUGAUAAUGAUGAUGAUGAUAAUGGUGAUGAUGAUGAUGAUGAAGAUGAUAAUGGUG